AUGGCGUACGCAGAAUCAUCCACGGCGGCCUCCAAGAAUAUUCCUCGUGCGGAUGUUUCCGGAGCUCCGGUCAAUUAUGAACUACCCUGGGUUGAGAAGUAUCGGCCAAUUUUCCUAGACGAUGUCGUGGGCAACACGGAAACAAUAGAGCGGUUAAAGAUCAUCGCCCGUGAUGGAAACAUGCCUCAUGUUAUUAUUUCUGGCAUGCCAGGGAUUGGGAAAACAACAUCGAUUCUCUGUUUAGCAAGGCAAUUGCUGGGUGAUACCUAUAAAGAGGCAGUAUUAGAGCUAAAUGCUAGUGAUGAGAGAGGUAUUGACGUUGUCCGCAACAGGAUAAAAGGAUUUGCGCAGAAGAAAGUAACAUUACCCCCUGGUAGACAUAAACUUGUCAUCCUCGAUGAAGCAGAUAGUAUGACGUCUGGCGCUCAACAAGCUCUUCGACGCACGAUGGAGAUAUUCUCUACUACAACCCGCUUUGCAUUUGCCUGCAACCAGUCUAAUAAGAUUAUUGAGCCCUUACAGUCUCGUUGUGCAAUUCUCAGAUACUCGCGCUUAACAGAUGCGCAGGUGGUGAAGCGAUUGAUGCAAAUAUGUGAAGCAGAGAAGGUUAAAUACUCUGAUGAUGGAAUUGCAGCCCUCGUGUUCAGUGCGGAAGGUGAUAUGCGUCAAGCAAUUAACAAUCUGCAGAGUACGUGGGCUGGAUUUGGGUUCGUGAGCGGUGACAACGUUUUCAGGGUUGUAGAUAGCCCCCAUCCAGUGAAAGUGCAGGCGAUGAUCAAGGCAUGUUGGGAGGGGAAGGUUGAUAUUGCCCUGGAUACUUUGAAUGAGUUAUGGGACUUGGGAUACUCUGCCCAUGAUAUCAUAUCGACCAUGUUUCGAGUUACUAAAACAAUCCCUAAUCUCUCCGAACAUUCGAAAUUGGAGUUCAUUAAGGAAAUCGGAUUUACCCACAUGCGAAUCCUAGAGGGCCUCCAAACCAUAGUCCAACUCAGCGGAUGUAUUGCCAAAUUAUGCAAAAUCAACAUGAAGCCGGAACUGUUUAAACCACAAAAGUCAUGA